AUGAUCUUCUUCGAAGUGGCAGGGGGGCCCUACGGUGCCGAGCCGGUCAUCCGCAAAGGCGGGCCGUUGCUGGCGAUUCUGGGAUUUCUGCUUAUCCCCCUGAUCUGGUCGUUGCCCAUCGCAGUGAUGACCGCCGAGCUUUGUAGCCACGACCCGCAUGUUGGUGGCAAGAUCCACUUUGUCCACAAAUGCUGGGGCCCGUGGGUGGGCUGGAUGAACGGUUGGUUCAACGCCGUUAGCAACGUGUUCGACGUAGCCACUCUGCCUGCUAUGGCGUUGGGCUACCUCGAGGUGCUCAUAGGCACAACGCUCUCCGCCACACAACGCUGGUGGACCAGCUUUGUGCUGGUGGCAGCCGCAGUGGUGACCAAUGUCGCCGGGGUGGAGAUCGUCGGUGAUGUCUCCUAUGUCCUGUGCAUCGUGGUGUGCCUUCCCAGCUUGGUCCUGGUACUGAUCGGCACCCCAGAGCUUGCAGACUUCCCGGCACAGGCGGACAUGCAGGAGGUAAUGUGGCUGCAUUUCCUGACCUCGCUGAUGUGGAACACAUCAGGCUUUGAUGAUGCAGGUGCCUCUGCAGCUGAGGUGCGCGCACCCGCGAAGAUCUAUCCCAAAGCGCUGGGAAUCUCUGUGGCACUGGUUACGGCGCUCUAUGUCUUGCCACUGUCCGUCGGGGUGGCCGUGGACUCCGCGCCGGAGCGUUGGCACGAUGGCUUCCUGGCCACGGUGGGUGAACGGCUUGGAGGUGCACCUUUGGGCUUCGCUCUGAGCUUGGCUGGCUUCGCCUCAUCCGUAGCCCAGCUCAAUGCCCUGCUUUGCACCUCCGUGCGCGAGAUCAUUUGCAUGGCCGAACAGCCCGGGCAACCUGUGCCUGCUUGCCUCGGCACCGUGCACCCGAAGCUGCAGACACCGCAUAUCGGCACAGUGCUGUUUGGGCUUGUGCUGACCUUGACUCUUCAAUAUCACUUCGUGGAGCUCAUCGCCGCUACAGUCAUUUUCGACUGCGUUAGUUUCAUCAUCCAGUUCGCCACAUGGAUCCGCUUCAGGUGGGAGACUCCGGCAGACGAGAAUGAAGCAGCUUUUCGCCUGCCGGUCGGCUUCACAGGGGUGUUGCUGUGGAGCUCAGGACCCGUCCUCCUCUCUGCGCUGGUGCUUUUCCUGACGCUGUCCAUGGGCGGCCCAGCGCUGUAUGGAACGGUUCUGGCCUUCGUUGUGGGUGCCCAGGCAGCCCUCAGCCUUUCAGGAUUCAUAAAAUGGCCGAAAUCCUGA